CGCUCCCUCCCCGCUGUUUUCUGCGGCGGCUCCAGGCGAGCCUUGCCCCGCGGUCCGGAUGGAGCAGCCCGCGGUGGAGAGCGAGGCCGAGCCAAUGGCAGGAGCGGAUCCGGAGCUGGCGGCCACGAUGGGCUUCUCGGGUUUCGGAAAGAAAGCUCGAACAUUUGACUUCAAUGCAAUGUUUGAACAAACUCGAAGAACUGCUGUAGAACGAAGUAGAAAGAUUCUUGAAGAGCGUGAGAAAAAGGCAGCUGAGCAAGAACGAGAACUUGCAUGCCAGCAUGGAGGUGCUGAUUCAUUAGCUGCAGGAUCACAUUCAGUAGAAAAAAUAUCUUCCAGAGAUUUGUCUAGUAGUGAAAGUGAAGCCAGUCUGGAUGAAGAAUUUGUUGGUCCCCCUUUACCCCCCAAAGAGCCAGCCGAUGAUUCCGAUGAGGAGCUGAUUGGCCCACCGCUUCCUCCCGGCUACAAGAGCGAAGAGGACGACGAUGACGAUGAUGAUGACGAUGAUGAUGAUGAGAGUACCCAGGAAGAAGAUGAGGAUCCUGUGAAGAAGAUUCCUGAUUCACAUGAAAUUACGCUGCACCAUGGCACAAAAACAGUCUCUGCUUUAGGAUUGGAUCCAUCAGGUGCACGUUUGAUAACUGGAGGUUAUGACUAUGAUGUUAAAUUUUGGGAUUUUGCCGGAAUGGAUGCAUCACUUCAGGCUUUUAGAUCUCUGCAACCAUGUGAAUGUCACCAGAUAAAGUCUUUGCAGUAUAGCAGCACUGGAGAUGUCAUUCUUGUUGUUGCGGGUAAUUCUCAAGCCAAGGUCCUUGAUAGAGAUGGCUUUCCUGUGAUGGAGUGUGUGAAAGGAGACCAAUAUAUUGUAGACAUGGCAAACACUAAGGGACACACAGCAAUGCUUAAUUCAGGCUGUUGGCAUCCAAAAAUAAAAGAGGAGUUUUUAACAUGUUCCAAUGAUGGGACUGUAAGAACAUGGGAUGUCACUAAUGACAAAAAACACAAGACUGUGUUUAAACCACGUUCAGCUCAAGGCAAAAGGGUGAUUCCAACAAGCUGCACCUACAAUAGAGAUGGUAAACUCAUUGCAGCUGGCUGCCAAGAUGGGUCCAUCCAGAUCUGGGAUAGGAAUAUGAAUGUUCAUACCAAGUUUCACUGCAGGCAAGCACAUGCUCCAGGCACUGACCCAUCGUGUUUGACAUUUUCCUACGAUGGUACCGUUCUUGCCAGUCGGGGAGGUGAUGAUACCUUAAAAACCUGGGACAUCAGACAAUUUAAAGCACCUCUUAAUUCUAUCAGUGGCCUACCUAGUUUCUUCCCCAUGACCGACUGUUGUUUCAGCCCAGAUGAUAAAUUACUUGUUACUGGUAUUUCUGUUAAGAAAGGACAUGGCAAUGCAAAACUUCUCUUUUUUGAUCGUGAUACAUUUAAAAAAAUGUAUGAGAUUGAUGUCACAGAUGCGGUGGUUGGGCUGAGGGUGAGCCGUAAGGCUCUUAAUCUCAUCAGGAUGGUAACUUACCAUGGAGCUAAUGAAGCAAGAGGCUAA